AUGGCCGCUUUACAAGCUGAAAAUGAGAAGCUUAAGAAUGAUAAUGAAUCCCUAGUCGAGAGGCUUAGCAAUGCACUAUUCAUCAAUUCGGAUCUUAAUACACGCGUCAAAGAUCUUGAGAAGGAAAAAUCGUGUCUGGUGACGGCAAUUAAGCUUGUUCAGUUGAGCGAUAAGAUUUCAGCUUUCAAAGAUUGCAAAAACAACGAGGCGUCAAAUGCUGACGAUACUGAGAUGAAUCAAACAAAUCAAAAUACUGUUGGUCAGCAUUCAAAACCUGAAUCCAUAAUAUUGUCGGGUGACGAAAGCUCCCAGCAU